AUGUUGAAAAUUGCUAAUGAUUCCAAAGCCAAAAAUCUCCCCAAACCUAUCGUCUCUAGUAGACUUCCCAAGGCUUUUUCACAGCCUAUCAAGAAAAUGAAGAAAAAAGACUUCGAAGAAAUUUCUGAGGCUGAAGAAUACAAAAAAAUGAAAAACCUUCUGUCACCUAUAAAGGUGAUGCCGACCGAGCACGCAAAACUUACAAAAGCUUUAAAGCAGCUUGAAAAACUUCCUGGCAAGCAAGAAAACAGCGAUCUGUAUGAGCCGUUUUCUAAGGCAAGAAACCAGGGACAAAUAAUCCUUCCACAGUGCCAAGUGCAGCUUGAAGAAAUGAUAACGCUUUCAAGCCUAAAUUCUCAGUCACUCAAUGGAAACAUCCGCAAGGUGCUUCAUGCCCAAACCUUAGAACUUUUUGCAAUUAAGCAAAUCCCAAUCAGCACCCGUGAUGAAAGAGCUCAUCUCAGGGAUUGAAUCGGAAAAUGGCAAAAUGCCCAACAAAGGCAUAAAAAACUGCUAAAAGUAAGCGCAACUUUUUGGAACUCCCCUGAAGGAGUUGUUAGUGUUGUUAUGGAAUAUAUGCCAGGGGGAAGCUUGAAAAAUUUAAUAGACACAUGUGGAAGCUUACCAGAACGGCAGGUUUCAUUUAUUGCUAAAAAAGUGCUGGAGUGCCUUAAGUAUUUCCAUGGAAAAGGAGAAACAUAUGGAGGAAUUUCUACUUCUCAAGUGCUCUUUACGAAAUCUGGAUCUAUUAAGUUUGGAUUAGGAUUGUCGCAGAGGCUACGGACCAAAGUUCCUUCUGUUGCAGCUGAUAUUUAUUCUAUUGGACUUUUAGUUUUGAAUUCUGUUAUAGAGGGUUUCUGUUUUUUCCAUGUAAAAAUUUUCUUGAUAUAAAAAAGACUAGGUUUUAUUAAUUUUUAUAUGCAAAACCACAUUUUAUAUGAGGAAAUGGUCAUAAAUUAUCUAUUUAUGGAUAUUUGGGGACUCUGACUUGAUACCUUCUACUCCAAGCGAAUGCUGCGCUUUUCAUUCUAUUGAUCCAAAUCCAAUGAUAAAUAGACUCACACCUAUUAUUAAAGAUUUUCUGUGCUUGUGCUUAAAUGAAAAUAGCAGCAAAAGGCCAACUGCACAGGAGCUAUUGAAGCAUGAAUGGCUAAACUUAGAAAAUUACCCAGGGCCAUCUGUGGAAUUAAAAGAGGUGAUUGCAAUUAAUUAUUAUUUUGGGUCUGGAGAAUAUUUAGAAGCGGCUGAUAAAUUAUUGGAAAGAGUCUGCGAAGCUCUGAAAGUAGUUAUAUUAGGCCAGCAUCUUUCUAAGCCUGGGGAUAUAGCAAUCCAGCAAUUUGCAACUGAUCUUGGCUUGCCAUACACAACAGUAAAUGAAAAAAUUAGCAAAGUUUAUACCGAAAACUUUUAA